GCCCCCAUCGCCUAGCUUGCACCUCAUCCUCCCCACACACAACACUCUAGAUAGCACCAAGGCACCAACCUUUGUUGAUCAGGACGCGACGAUCAUAUAUACAAAGUAAGAAGAAGAUGAGGCUCGCAAGAAUCGCCAUGGCGAUGGAGGACGGCGGCGGCGCGUCGUCGUCGGUGGCGCAGCCGGCCGCCAUGGGCAUGGGCUACGAGCGCCACUUCCAGCCGCCGCCGUUCUGGUCAACGCCGACGCCGUACCUCUUCAUCGGGUUCGCCGUGGUGAUGGCGCUCAUCGCCGUGGCGCUGGCCGUGCUCCUCUGCACCCGCCGCAAGGAGGACGAGGGGGGCCGCGGCGCCGAGGGCGGCCAGGUCAUGGCCGUGCGCGUGCUGGCGCCGCUGGACAGGGAGGACGCGGCGGUGCCCAGGGUGCUCGUCGUCAUGGCCGGCCACAGCGCGCCGUCGUUCCUCGCCAGCGCCGCGCCGUUCGCCAGCUUCGCCGCCGCAGCAGCCGGGGACGACGCCAAGCCGCAGCAGCACGUUGGCGGCAAGGACGGCGCCGACGCCGUGUAGGCUUUCCCUGCCCCGGCCCGCGCGCGCUCCCCUUGCUAACCGGCGGCACGAGAACAUGAUCGCGCCAGCACGCGCAAAGAUUAAGCUGAUCGGAGAAGCAAUUUUGUUCAUCCUGACUUCCCUUUUCGCUUUCUUGGUAAUAGUUUUGUGACCUGCAAUGCUGCCCUUCAGCCUCUGCACGUAAUUAGGUGUGUUGUGCAGAGCUGGAGGUCAGAAAAUUUGCAAUCUGAUCGAUCAGAUCAUCGGGUUGCACCGAUCAUUUCCUGUUUUGGUCUCAUAUAAAGCAGGUUUUUGAGGUCCUGAAACGGGGCAAACCACAGUGUCACCUGCAAAACCUUACGAUUCUGCUGAAUGAAAUGGAAAAACUGGAGCACUCUUAACACA